GGGGAUAAAGAUCCCUUAAAAAGGCCAAGAAUCUAGAAUAUUCUGGUAUAUAAUAGAUGUGGCAUUAUAACCACUGAGGACAGAGAACUUAUAAGCAUCCGAGGAUGGUUAUCUUGAGAACACCUACAGGAAAUAGUUUUGUAAAAAUUUCCUUAUAUGCAUUAAACUGCAAGAAAUGUAAAUCUCGGCCCCGCCCUUCGACGGCAUCUGUUUCAGCUGCGGUGGCACUUCUGGCCACUAGGCGGCAUCUGGAGGCGCGAAGGCGCCCGGCUCCGACGCAUGCGCAGUUUUCUCCGUGGCCGCGACGCUUGCGCACCGGCUGUGCACUAGGCGGUCACAGGUGCGCAUUGCGCUCACGUACUUGCAGUUGUGUACACACCCUCAUUGCGCUGUCCCGUUGUUUCAGUGUUCCUGGUAGCGGCCGAACAGCUCUGCGGUCCGAGAUGUCCCAGCUGCCCAUAGACAUCACUGUCUUGCAGACGGUCGCCACGGGUGGCGAAGACGGCUUCCCUCAGGCGGAGGUAGGCGGCGGGAGGCGGGGCCCGGCGCAGAUGCGGCCCGAGGAGGCGGCGGCGGCCCGCGGGGGACCGGCGGCCAGGGAAGGCCAGAUGGGGGCGGUGUCCAGGGAGGUCCGGAUGGCAGAGGUCGCCCGAUUGUUGGGGGAGCCCCUGGAGGAAGAGGGUCCUGAGAACAGGCCCAGGUCCAGAGCUAGUCAGGCUGCGAACCUGGCUGCGUUGCCGUAUCUUCGCCUCCGUCACCCACUUAGCGUUUUAGGAAUUAAUUACCAGCAAUUCCUCCGCCAAUAUCUGGAAAAUUACCCGAUAGCCCCGGGCAGAAUACAGGAGCUUGAAGAACGCCGCAGGCGAUUUGUAGAAGCCUGCAGAGCCAGGGAAGCAGCCUUUGAUGCUGAGUAUAUGCGUAAUCCUCAGAGGGUGGAUUUUGACAUUUUAACAUUUACCAUAGCUCUGACUGCAUCUGAGGUUAUCAAUCCUCUGAUCGAAGAACUUGGUUGUGAUAGGUUUAUCAACAGAGAAUAAAAAAAAAAAAAA